CCGGUGUAUUUGUUUGAUCUAAAGAUUUCAUGUGGCACAGUGUGUCAUUUUCACCUUUUGGAUACUUUCAACGCUAAAUUGAGAUUUCUUGCUAGACCGUGUUAGAUGGGAAAUGGAUUCGUUAAGUGACGUCAAGGAGAAUCUUGACCAAUCGAUUCGUCUAUUAAGUCAACAGAACAGUCAACGGAGAACAUUUUUGAGGUUAAGCGGCCAGCGGAGCACCACUCCGAAGAGGAUAUCAUUACAGGCAACCAGUCAGUCGCGGAGGGAUGCUGAUGAUAAUAGACAGAUGCUCGGUGACACGCACAGCUCGGGGAUGGUCGACAAGAAUUCCUCGGGAACCAGACUAACCAAGCUCUACAAUGUGGAGCUUGAUACUUCGUUAACCCUCGCGCCUCACGAAAUCCGUGAUAUAAUGAUGCGCUCGGAGAGGAAUGACAUUACCAUUAAGGAGAUGAUGGAGGACAGUACAGCGACUGGGGCGAUUCUGAAGGCAAAUGAGCCGUGGCGAGAGGCCAAAUCCAAGCUCUAUUACGACUUCCUGCAGAGUGUGCAAGCGCACUUCUCGAAGGCGCAGAUCUUUGAUACUAUCGCGGAUUUCAUACAGAACUGUACCGACACGCUGGACAUAAUGAGAGGUAUGCAAUCAAAAGUUGAGAAUACAGAAGUAGCAGAAGAAGAAAUUUCUUUGGAAAGUGAAAGGAACACAUGGAGACUGAUAUAUUGCCUCUAUCAGAAUCGUAUAAGUAGCGCUGGCUUGUCUACACAAAUGGAACAUGAUGGACCAACAAGCAAUAAUUAUAUCUCUGAGAAAGAUGUUAUAGAAAAUUUGUAUAAGUCUGAGAGUUAUAUCAGAGAAUAUCAAUUGAUUAUUGAUUGGUUAGAAAAAAAUGCUUUGGAUCAAGCGGAUAAAUGUCCGUCCAUAGAGCUCUUUACCGAUAAAACAGUAGCUUGGGAAAAUACAGUUCAUCAGUUGCAUAAUCAAAAUUUGGGAAUUGCAUUCAGCUCAUCCAGACCACUGGUAUCGUCUUUAGAUCCUGAUGCACCGAUACGAGAGGGUAGGCCAUUACAUGAUUUGGAUAGAGAAGAUGAUGCCAGGCUUGAAAAACGAAUGUUUAUAGAG